AUGGAGGCUCAUCGAGAGUUUAUCAAGGAGUCGCCAACAUUCUUUGCCUACUUUAAAAAAGAAAAUCAGUCUAAAAAUUUCAAACCAAACGUGGUUUUUCUCUACGACUAUAACCGAGUGGUGCUUACUGGCGGCAGCGGUGAUUACUAUCAUGCCUCUUAUGUCGACGGAGCUUUCAAGAGGAACCAGUACAUCAUGUCUCAAGCACCGUUCGACGCUGCAACACAAGCGGAUUUCUUUCGAAUGGUCAGCCAGUUAGAGCUCGAAGCAAUGGUGGUCAUGGACGAUCCUAAAAAUACAGAUUAUAAGUACGAAUUUACAUUUCAUUAG